AUGGCGUUCAACCACAAUAAGGAUGAGGAUGUCGUCGCUGGCGAUGGUCCGUCUGAGCAUAACUAUGACUCUGGACGCUUGAAUGAUACAGAAGAGGCCGAGUCUAUAGACCCGGAUUCUGGUGUUAAGCGUGGUCUGAAGAAUCGACAUUUGUCUAUGAUGGCUUUGGCCGGUAUCAUCGGACCUGGACUUCUUGUUGGUGCAGGUGGUGCAUUGAAUGUCGGAGGACCAGCUGCAUUGCUCAUUGGAUUUGGUGUUGUCGGUAUCAUUGCCUUUUGUAUUAUGCAGUCCCUCGGCGAGGUGACAACACUAUACCCUGGCGGCGGCUCUUUUAUCUCUCUCGCCGAACGCAUGGUAGACAAGUCCUUCUCUGUCGCCGUGGGAUGGAAUUACUUUGUUAUCUGGGCCGCUGUCCUCGCCAACGAGUACAAUGUCAUCUGCAGUAUUCUCACAUAUUGGGGACCAGUCGUUCCCCUAUGGGGUUACUUCCUCAUCUUCUGGACAGUUUUCAUGGGAUUCCAACUUCUCGGUGUUGAAGCUUUUGGCGAAGCCGAGUUCUGGCUUGCGCUUAUGAAACUCCUCGGAUUAACAGCGUACUUCAUCUUCGCCAUUAUCUACGCCGCCGGUGGUUUGGUCGGUCAGGACGGAUCUGUUGGCUUCAAAUAUUGGAGUGACCCGGGAGCCUUCAACGGAAAUGGCUUCCGCGGUGUUGCGUCUGUCUUCGUUUUCUGCUCGACAUUCUACUCUGGUGUUGAGUCUAUCGCUGUGGCUGCUACUGAAACGAGAAAUCCUGGCGUGGCAGUUCCUCAGGCUAUUCGACAGGUCUUUUGGCGUAUCAUCUUCGUCUACAUGGGAUCAGCUUUCUUCUUCGGAAUCACCUGCCCUGCGAAUGCGGAGGGACUGGUGAACGGAGGUUCCAAGGCCCUGCAGAGUCCCAUGACCAUUGCGAUUCAGAAUGCUGGCUGGCAAGGAGGCGUCCACCUUAUCAACGCCUUCAUUCUCCUUACUUGCCUGUCCGCUAUCAACUCAUCCAUCUACUUUGGCUCUCGAACCGUUUUCUAUAUGGCGCAGUCUGGCAAGGCUCCCAAGAUAUUCGGCUGGACCAACAGUCGAGGUGUUCCAGUCUGGGCAAUUUUCAUCACCAAUGCUGUCGGUUCCAUUUCCAUGAUGAAUGUCUCUACUGGUGCCUCCAAGGCUUAUAGCUAUAUCGUCAACCUAUCCGGUGUCAGUGCUUUCCUUGUCUGGGGCAGCAUCUGCUUUAUCCAUAUCCGCUUCCGUCGAGCUUGGGUUACUCAGGGUCGCAGUCUCGAUGAGCUUCCGUACAAGGCACUCGGCUUCCCAUACCUCGCCUGGUUCGGUCUUGGGGCUUGUAUUUUCUUGGCUUUGGUUCAAGGGUGGACUACAUUAUCACCGUUCAAUGCUGGAAACUUUGUGGAUGCUUAUAUCCUGGUGCCACUAUUUGGUAUCAUCUACGUGUUCUGCAAGCUUUUAUGGCGCGGAAAGGAUCCUCUCAAACGUAGCUGGAGCAUCGAUCUCGAUAGUGGCAGAAGAAAGGAUCUGGAUUACAAGAGUGGCCCCUCAGAGAGGGGUGUCCCUGGCCAAACGCCUUGGUGGAAGAAGGUAUGGGCUUGGUUCUGA